CUCAGUUUAUGCAAUAUACAAUUUACCGCCGUUGCUCAUCCGGCGUUCUACCGCAUCCAUCGCCUCAUGUUUUUGUCGCAUUAACGACUGCAAUGUUGGAAACCGGAGCAGCUGUCCCCUUCUUCCCGAUGUCGACAACCUACUGUAGAGCUUCCAUUGGUGCAAUCUCCUCGGCACAGAUUCCACCGGACCCUACCACGUUCUCCACCGCCCAACGCCAGCUCUGCCGAGCGACGUGGCUCUCCUCCCGCCACGCCUUCUCCCCGCCCGGCGACGACUUAUCUCAUCCACACAAUACCCGCCGCUCAGCCAUUGAAUCCACUAGCACACUGUCCCAAGUCCAUUAGUUAGCUUCAAAGCAUAUCCUCUAUUUAUCCGUACGGUAUCUGAAGAAGUAUUUUGCAGUCCCAUGGCCUCUUCCUCCUCCGCCGCCCACCGCAUAUCCACCGCCAUGGAGCGAACCGGCCGGUGGGUUUUCUCUCAGGAAGUUCCAUCUGACAUCGUCAUCAAGGUCGAUGACGCCACUUUUCCUCUCCACAAGUUCAUACUGGUGGCAAAAAGUGGGUACAUAAGAAAGAAGAUUAUAGAGUCGGAUAAAUCGGAUCUGGCAACUCUGGAGCUCAAGGGGAUACCUGGCGGUGCGGAUGCUUUUGAGAAGGCAGCGAGAUUUUGCUAUGGUGUUAACUUUGAGAUUUCAGUUGAAAACGUGGCGGCGCUGCGCUGCGCCACGGAGUGGCUUGAGAUGACGGAGAAGUCUUGUGAGGGGAACCUCGCCGCGCGCGCCGACGAGUUUAUUGCUAAGGCCGCGCUCAUCACCCUUCCCGGUGCUGUUGCCUUGCUGAAAUCAUGCGAGAAACUCCUCCCUUUUGCUGACAAGCUCCGGAUUGUGCAGCGUUGCGUUGAUGCCAUUGGUUCCAAGGCAACUCAAGAGGCAAACUCCCCCAGCCGCUCCCCUCCAGACUGGUGGGCAGCUGAACUCGCCAUCCUCAGUCCACCCGUCUUCCAAAAACCCCUUGCCGCCAUGAAAGCUCGAGGCGCCGCCCCCAAAACCCUCUCAACAGCCGUCGCAGUUUACGCCGGAAAAUCCCUCCCUGACCUCCUCCCCCUCUUCACAUCCUGCGGCCGUAGUCCAUCCGUCGCUGCUCCCAGCGCUAGUACUGACCGCUCAGCUCAGCGCAACUUCAUUGAAUCCUUCAUCGCAAUUCUCCCAACCGAUCAGGACGCCCCCCUUCCCGUCGGCUUUCUCUGUUGCUUCCUCCGAGCAGCCAUCUUCCUCAAUGCUUCAGCGGCCUCCCGGCGCGACCUCGAGCGCCGGAUCGCUCCAUCCCUCGACCAGGUGGCUGUCGGUGACCUAAUGGCCAUUGCCUUCGAUUUAUCCGGCCAGAGGCUUGCUGAUCUUGACAGUAUUCGCCGGAUUGUGACUGGUUUUGCGGAACGCGAAGUCGCUGGUGCCGCCGCACAGCGGGCGGCGCGAGUUGUUGAUGCUUUUGUCGCCGAGAUCGCGACAGAGGAGGAUCUACCGGUUUCCAAAUUCGUUGGCAUUGCUGGUGCGCUUCCCAAAUCGUUACGCCGCUUUGACGACGAUCUCUAUCGCGCUGUCGACAUUUACCUGAAGGCCCACUCAGGUCUAGACGAGAUAGAGAGGGAGAAAGCCUGCAGCGUGAUGGACCCAUUAAGGCUAUCCUACGAGGCUCGCCUCCACGCCUCCCAAAACAAGCGCCUACCUGUCCAAGUAGUCCUCCACGCCCUCUACUACGACCAGCUCAAACUCCGUAGCACUGCCGCCGAUGAGCCGCCGGUUGUGGCCGUCGGUAGAGGAGACGAAUCAUUGGCCAAAGAAAACGAAGCGCUGCGAUCCGAGCUAGCACGGAUGAAGCUUUAUUUAACGGACAUACAGAGGAACCAAGGUAGCAACAGUGGGAAGUCAGCAGCGGUGACGGCCCUGCCGGCGCCCCCGGCCGCCGCUAAGAAGACGACGUUCUUCACGUCAAUGUCAAAGAAGUUGGGGAAGCUCAAUCCGUUCCGGCAGGGUUCGAAGGAUACUUCGGCUAUUGAGGGAAAUGGUGGGGUGGAUUUGGCUAAGCCGAGAAGGAGGAGGUUCUCUAUUUCUUGAUCAAUGAUUGUUGUUAUAACUUACGUUAUUUUAUGUAGUUUUGAUUUGAAGUUUGGACUGGAGUGUUAUGAUCGUUUGAUUGGUGCGUACCGAUGUAUAUGAAGCUGCCUUGCUUUCGAAAAUUUAUACUUUUGGCUGGAGCUUUGA